CAUGCAAGAAAUUCAAAUUAGUUGUGGGGGCGUAACUGAAGUUCUGCAAUCGCUUACAGUCAAGCCAUAUUGCAAACCUACUUAACAUGUCAAGAGAAGAUUGCUACUCGAUGCGGCUGGCGCUGGUUGCGCGUUUUCUUUGGUUGUGCAGCGUUGUUGGACUUGAGAAUGGCUUGGCCAGAACGCCACCAAUGGGCUGGAUGCCGUUCGAGCGGUUCCGCUGUGUGACUGAUUGCGUAAAGUUCCCGAGGGAUUGCAUCAGUGAGUCGCUCUUUAUGCGUACUGCUGACCUCUUGGUGUCGGAAGGAUACUCGGCGGUUGGCUAUGAAUAUUUAAUAAUUGACGAUUGCUGGAUGGAAAGACAGCGCCACGAAAUCACAAAGGAGUUGAUGCCCGAUCGAGAACGUUUUCCCAGGGGUCUUUACUUUCUGUCAGAUUACAUACAUAAUAAAGGUCUAAAGUUUGGCCUAUACCACGAUAUCGGGGAGAGAACGUGCAUGCAUUUUGGGCCCGGUGCGAAAGGAUACUACGCAUUAGAUGCUAAAACCUUCGCGAUCUGGAACGUGGACUAUGUAAAGUUGGAUGGGUGCUUUAUAAAGAACAUUAACCUGGACAUUGCCUACCCAGCCUUUGGCCGGGAAUUGAAUAAGACGGGCCGGCCAAUGGUCUACUCUUGCAGCUGGCCAUACUAUCAAAAACACCCUAACUACGAAUUGAUCAAAAAACACUGUAAUCUGUGGAGGUUCGCUGAUGAUAUUAGAGAUUCAUUCGAUUCUGUGGGCAAGACCAUGUACAAUUAUUACAAGCAGCAGAAUAAUCUAACAAAACAUGCUGGUCCCGGACAUUGGAAUGACCCAGAUAUGCUCGUGCUCGGAAACUAUCGACUUAGCUAUGACGCAAGUCGUCUGCAAUUAGCCAUAUGGGCUAUACUCGCGGCUCCGCUUAUUAUGACGAAUGACUUACAGACAGUGCGACCUGAAAUCAAAACAUUAUUACAAAAUCGGGCUAUUAUUGAGGUCGAUCAGGAUCCACUCGGCAUACCUGGUCGUUGCGUAUAUAUAGCAGGUAGCUUUCAGAUAUGGGUGCGCCCUGUUAUGCCGUUUAAUAACAUGGGCGCACACUCAUAUGCUGUGGCUUUCGUUAACAUUGGAAAUUAUGAGCCCUGCCCACUGUGCCCCCAAACACAUGAAGUUGUUUUGGAACGCUUGGGACUUAAAAAUGAUUUGGGUUAUAAGGUCAUUGAUUUAUUUGAUUCUAUUGAAGAUCUUGGAUUGUUCAAGCCGAAAGAUACAUUUAUAACCCGAAUCAAUCCAUCAGGAGUAACGUUCUUCAAAUUUACGGCUGUUGAUAUGUACUAAACUCCUAGCCAUACACUCUACAUACAACAAUAAAUUUUAAUAUAUGUUUUCAAUAUUAUAAAUAAUAUUAUUAUAUGUAUGCAUAUAUAUUCA